GUAUUCUUCAAUUUUGCGCAUUUUUUCAUCGUAUCAGCUAACGCGUACUCGUAGACUUUUGUAGAAAACAGUGCUGAAGCGAAUAUGAGUUACCGACACAGAGGUAUAGUGAAAAUUUAGUGUUGCCAAUGCUGUAUUUCAGUGCUUUUAAUUUCCACGGAAGGAAGUAGUGCAAUAGUGAAAAAUUUCGAAAUCGGGUGUUUGGAUGUUAGCAAAUCCGAAAAAAGAGGUCGAGGAGAUACCUGCUACGAGACGCGAUUAUGGCGAACCAGUAGUUGAUACAGGCGUGGUUUCGUUUGGUGGACCUUAUGGAAACCCAUUCGGAGGCCUUUUUGAGAACAUUGAAAGUGUUAUGAAAAGGAUGAGACAACAAAUGGAAACACUAUUCAGGAAUGUUCCUGGAUUCAGAAGCAAUGCCACGUCAUCGGAAGAAGACGAUGGGUUCCCUACUUUGUCUGGAGGUUUCCCCAUUCCCGCUUUUCCCGAUCUCGAUUUGGGCAAGGGCAAUACUACAUCCGUUACUAAGAUAAUCAACGGUCACAAGGUGGUGAUCAACGAGACGGAAUACUCCAAAGACGACGACCUAGGUGGCGCUUUCUUCCACGUGCGCGUCAUCGACGUUCGUCCCGAGGACGAAGGCAAAGCCAGCGGAGAAACGAGCACGACCAACACCAAAGACGUGGAACCGCUUUCCGGACAGGAUAGCAGGGAGAACGAAAUCCCGCAAAACAGUCGCGAGGCUAGUCGCUUCCAAAACCUUGAGACAUUUGACGAAGUAGACGCUCUCGAACCGUUCGACACCAACGAAUUGUCCGAAGGUCACUCCGAAUGGCAACAUCAAAAUUCGCUCCCCAACCAUCUACCGAUCGAUCUGUCGAGGGACACGUACGUGAACCAGCUGUUGGCUCAGAAGGGGGCCCCUAGGAACCCGGACGCUGAAGUUUUCGAUGUCAGGCAUCCCAGGGAUACGAGGCGGUAUUUCCACAGGCGGAAGUGAUACGAAGAAACGUUGAAGCAUGUUCGAGUAAUGAUGAACAACUUGUAAACAGAUACUGUAUUUGACAUUGCCGAUCGUACAACCUUUACCUUAGUGAUAUCAAAUAAAUAAAGAAGGAAUUUAUAUUUGUGAGUCCGUAACUCAAAAGAUAUGGUUGAUAUUGAAACACAAUAUCGUAAGCUUUUUCAGCUAUAUUGGCCAUUGUGGCAAAAUGAACUGAAAAUAGCGUCAUCAAAGUUUGUGAGUGGGUAAUCUCAUUGUACAGUAAUUAUGGUUCUAUUUUCUAAAAUGGCCGAUGGUACAGAAAAAGCCAAUAACACAAUAGGAGAUAGUGGCAUGAAGAAAAAAACUGUUCAGAAGUGGGAUUUUAAAAGCGACAGUUGUACUUUUAAAUUUAGCUUUUCAACUGUAUGAAAGAUGUUGUACAUUUGUCAAGUCAAAAUAUAUUUUCAUUUAUAAUUGCUUCAUCAUUAUUGUGAAUGUACCAAUUUGUUUAAUUUAUUUAUUUAUUUUGUUACUAAAAAGACUGGUAACGAUCGAUUUCGACACUAUAGCUGAACGACCUUUUUGGAAAUAAAUAUUUUGUUUUUAAACUGUGUUUCAUUUAUCUCCAUGCGUCAAAGAUCCUGUCAAAAUGAUUAUUAUAAAUUAUUUUUUAUUAUU